GUCGAAGAAGAUGUGCCCGACGUUUGGAUGAUUGAUGAUGAAUCCUUGAGGACAAGGAUAGUCUCGAAGAGGAGGGGAAUGAUGCGGAAGUGGGUUCCGAGCCUCGACGACAAGAAGAUCCAAGAGACGAGGCGACCCGAUGAGGCUGGAAAAAGGGCCAAAACGACACACGCAUGGCCUAAAAGACGGGUACGAGCUCGUAUGCGAAGCGCACGAGCACGUAAGGAGCAACAGGGGUCGACCGGCGACAGAGAAGGCGAGGGAGAUCGGCUAAUGGGCGAGUGGCGCGCAUCGGCCCAUGAUGCGCGCGGUUGGACCGAACGGGAUGAUGUAUGCGGGUACACUGAGACAAGCGAGCAAGACACGAGCAUCGACCUGGAUGCGUUGGUGCUCGGAGGCACAAGUACGGGUGCGCGGUUAGAGUACGAAGAGCGCGCAUCGAGUGAUGAUGCGCGCGAAUAUAUGCCGGGCAAGGUAUCGGGCGCGCAUGGGCACACGGUAGGUGGCUGGGACGCGCGGGUGUUGGCCAGCUGGGGCGAAGCGCGCGAUAAGCGCACGAGUAUGGGUGACGCGAGAGGAAGCCGUGGCCUCGUGGAUAUAGGACUGUCGGGCGCGGGCGCACACGCGCAGGAGGCGAGCGACAAGGACAGGGCUGGUACGAUGGCGCGCGAGAAGUAUUGCUACGGAUGGGCAAGCACGAGCGAAGAACGCGCAUCGUUCCAUGAUGCGCGCGAGUGGUCGGGUGAUCGUGCGAAAGAUGCACGGGCAAUUGGUGCAUGGGACGCGGGCUAUGCGAGGGGUACGCGGGCGCACGGGCAGCAGCCUCACCAAUUCGAUUUGUAUGAUCGAAUCUCACGACUCUCAACACACGGUUUGAACAAACGUUCUUUUCUAUUCCAUUCCAAGACUCCCCCAUCCGUGGACCGCUCACCCGUGCGCCAACCGCGCCCCGGCGUUACACCCCCGAACGCCAACGCGUCCCAAUCGACGUCCGCGACUCGCCCGCCAACCGAACUCCCGCGUACGUCGUCCUGUUCCGUCCACCCGCGCGCAUCAUGGGCCGAUGCGCGCCAUUCGCCCAUGAGCCGAUCGCCGUCGCCCUCUUCGCCGGCGAUCGCCACCUUUGGUUCGGGCCAUGGUUCCCAACCAUCCAACCUAGCACAUCUCUCGGCCGGUAUCCACCAUCCUUUGUCCACCCAUCGCAACCCUCGCCUUCUAGCCUCCUUUCUUCGGGCUCGUCUCUUCUUUGUACAAGGCUUACACCAACAACAUGAUUCCUUACGACGACGCGAGGAGUACGAGCGGGAAGAUGACUUCGACCGACGGUCCCAGGCGUCUAACCACUACGACCGACCGAAGCCAGAAAAGCCAAAGGUCGUGUUAUCCACCUUCACCGGUGUAGAUCCCGAUGCAUGGCUCAACUGGGCUGCCCAAUAUUUCGAGCUGAAUGAGAUCGAAGAAAACGAUCGGGUAAAGUACGCUGCUUACUAUCUUGAUGGAGAAGCCAACGUGUGGUGGCAGUGGCUUACAAGCGUCUACCGUGGCCGACGACAAGUCAUCAGGUGGAACAACUUCGUGCGCGAGUUACUUACGCGUUUCGGAACAUCCGACUACCACAACUACAAUGAGGCGCUAUCACGCAUACGGCAGACAGGAAGCUUGCGCGACUAUCUAAAGGAGUUCGAGCGAUUAGCAUUUCGCGUACGAGGCUGGCCCGAGACCGCGUUGGUGGGAGCAUUUAUUGGAGGGCUGAAGUUCGACCUAGCUGCAGAGGUGCAGUUAGAGAGGCCCGAAUCGAUGCACGCGGCUAUGGAGGUUGCUCGACGCCGAGAUGACCACCUCACCGCCACUCGAAGGGGACGGACGGACGUACGUUAUCUCGAAAUACGACGCGUACAACCGGAUGCAAGCGAUAUG